GAGAGAGAGAGAGAGAGAGAGAGAGAGAGAGAGAGAGAGAAAAGAGAGAAGAGAGAGAGAUAGAUUGCUCGAAACCAGAAGCAAUCUCACCACUGAUGAAUUAUAUGUAUUUCUCGCGGUAACUCAAAAAGGAAGCUUGUUUUGCUCUUUACUUGUGAAUACUCCGUCCAAUAUUUCUACUUUGAAACUCCGGCGGCCAACAUUUUCGCCGAUCCCCUGCUUUCGUUGAAACUUCCAUUCUCUUACCAAGGAACGGAGAAGCUCCAUUCACCGUUCGAGUAACGUGAUCCGAAAUUUGACUAGGAGGAAGAAAAGAUGAAGAGAGUUAGAAAAGAUGAAGAUGAAGUCCAAAGGCGAAUAAGGCGUCAGGUUUCAUCUCCACAAGAAACAGACAGGCAACCUGGAACAAGUGAUGCUCUACGAUAUCUCAUAUCUGUCAAGAACAUUUUUCAUGACAAUGUAGAAAAAUAUGAGACAUUCCUUGAGAUCAUGAUGGACUUUAAAUGUCAGAGAGUCACUACUGAUGGUGUCGUUCAAAGAAUAAAAGCUUUGUUCAAGGGUUACGACGACCUACUUUUAGGUUUUAAUACUUUCUUGCCCAAAGAGCAUGCAAUAACCCUUCCGGCAGAGGAAGAGAAACCUCAGACCACGGUGGAUUUCAAAGACGCUGUCGGUUUUGUCAUCAAGACUAAGGCGAGGCUCAAAGGUGAUGAAUAUGCGUAUCAAAGGUUUCUGGAUAUCUUGGACAUGUCUCGAAAGGAAACAAUGUCCAUCUCUGAUGUCUACGAAGAGGUUACUAUGCUGUUCAAGGGUCAUGAAGAUCUGCUCGCGGAGUUUGUUAAUUUCUUACCUCAACGUUUAAAAACUGCUUCUGCGAGGAAUGCUGUACCGCUUCGUAAGGACACUGCAAUUUCUGCCAUGCAUCCAAUGCAUUCGGAUAAGAAAAUAAAACGACGAUGUAAGCUUGAAGUUCAUUCUGAACACACUGAUCAACGAGAAGAUGGUGAUGAUAACCUUGUCGCUUGCUCUGCUGGUAAUUCUCUGGAAAACUCCCUUGUUAAAGAAGGCCAGCGAGGAUAUUUGAAGACAGAGGAGAACGGGGGAAUUCGAGAUUUUGAAAAUAGAGAAGAUACAGAUAAAGAAAAAUGUGCAGCGUCUGGCAGUAAAGAUAUCGAAAGUUCCAAAUGUCCACUAGCUUCUAUCAAAUAUGUGGCAACACCUAUAAAUGAACUUGAUCUUUCUGGAUGCACUCAGUGUACGCCAAGUUAUCGGCUCCUGCCAAAGGAUUAUCCAGUUGAAAUUCCAAGAUACAGAAAUACAAUUGGUAAAAAGACACUUAAUGACCACCUGGUAUCUGUCACCUCAGGGAGUGAAGAUUACUCAUUCAGUCAUAUGCGCAAAAACCAGUAUGAAGAAAGCUUGUUUCGGUGUGAGGAUGACAGGUAUGAAAUGGACAUGUUACUAGGAUCUGUAAGUUCAGCUAUCAAACAUGUGGAAAUUCUUCUGGAAAAGUUCAACAACAACACAAUAUCAACAGACACUACAAUAUGUAUCGAAAAACACUUAUCAGCUAUGAACUUAAGAUGCAUUGAGCGGUUGUACGGUGAUCAUGGGCUUGAUAUCAUGGAUCUUUUGAAGAAGAAUAUGCACAGCGCUUUACCGGUGAUACUGACGCGCUUGAAGCAGAAGCAAGAAGAAUGGGCAAGGUGCCACUCUGAUUUCCAGAAAGUUUGGGCGGAAGUCUAUGCUAAGAAUCACCAUAAGUCACUAGAUCAUCGUAGUUUCUAUUUCAAGCAGCAGGACUCGAAGAACUUGAGCACAAAAUGUUUAGUGGCAGAGAUAAAAGAUAUUAGUGAGAAAAAGCAUCAGGAAGAUCUGCGUCAAGCGAUUGCUGUCAGAACUAUGCCCUCUUUUACCCCGGAUUUGGAGUUCAGUUAUUGUGAUACUCAAAUUCACGAAGACUUAUAUGUGCUAAUCAAGUAUUACUGUGAAGGAGUAUGUGCGGCCGAACAAUCAGAUAAGGUAAUGAAGCUGUGGGCAACCUUUUUGGAGCCCAUGUUUGGCAUUUUUUCGAGGUCUCAGGGUAACCUGGCUAUGGACGAUAUGUCGAAGUUGAAAAACAACAACCAAAAAAUGCAUGAUGCAUGCGUGGCAGUGAAGGAUAGCGCUUCUGGGUCAAAACAUCCAGUAUCCCCGAAACCGCUGAACAAAGAUAAUCCGACAGUGCCAGGAAGCUCUCCUAGGAAAGAUGUCUCUUCCAAUAUAGUGAAAACAGUUCAGCUCAAUAAACUGCAAGAUGAUGCAGCUAUGAUCAAUGAGGUUAUCCAGUCUUCCAAACUGAUGUCACCCAGAAACGAUCAGAUAAUGGAGGAUGUAGAGAAUCAUACGGUCAACGAAGUAUCAGUCGGAAAGCACGAGGUUGAGCGAGAAGAGGGUGAAUUAUUUCCCGCCGACAAUUGUGAGCUAGGCAAUUUUGAGGUUAAUGGACAGGAUGGCCUCAAGACUUUACAAAGGGUGAUGGACAAUGUAAGAAGCGAUAAAGAUCAAGACCAACAACAUUGUGAUAAAAAGGGAGCAAAGAGUAAUGCUCGCGCUGAAGAUGACAAAACAGAAAAUUCUCACAAGUUAUCAGAGGAUAAUGAGACUGCCUCUAAAAUGCUUGUUUCAGGAGCUAAGUUUGGUUGCCAUGAACAGCAUUACGGAGUUAUGAACUGUAAUGGGCGUGUUAGUGUGGCUGGAGAGGUGGCUAAUGGAAAUGAAGGGGAAGAUGGAUCUUUUGCAUUUUCAGAACGGUUUCUGCAAACUGCAAAACCUGUUGCCAAGCAUGUGCUUUGGCCAUUGAAAGCCAGUGAAACUGAGUCCCAGAAUGAUUCUCGAGUUUUUUUCGGGAACGAUUCCUAUUACGUGCUGUUCAGGCUUCAUCAAAUGUUGUACGAGAGGAUACGAUCAGCAAAAAAACUUUCAGAAAAGAAAGGGAAGGGUCCAGAUAACACAACUCCUGAUUCUUAUUCCAGGUUUAUGGAUGAACUCUAUAAAUUACUCGACGGCUCUAGUGACACUACAAAGUUUGAAGAUGAAUGCCGGUCUAUUUUUGGAGCACAGUCAUAUAUUCUUUUCACAUUGGAAAAGCUGGUUCAGAAGUUUGUUAAGCAUCUCCAUGCGGUUGCAGCUGAUGAGACAGACACCAAACUUCUGGAACUAUAUGCAUAUGAGAACUACAGAAAACCUGGAAGAUUCUUUGAUCUUGUGUAUCAUGACAAUGCACAUGCCCUCCUCCAUGAGGCAAACAUAUACCAGAUCAGAUAUUCGUCGGCAGAGACCCGUCUCUCGAUUCAGCUUAUGAACAGCUGGAACAAUCAUCUUGAAGCAACGGGUGCAGCGAUGGAGACUGGUUUUGCGGACUAUCUGCAAAAUAAAUUUCUGACAUCAGUCAGUGAUGAAGAGAAUCAUAGUUUGUUUCUGAAAAGGAACAAGGAGAAACUCACUGGUUUAGAUAAAUCUUCAGGGAUGCCAUCUGCAAUGGAAGGAUUGAUCAUUAUUAACGAGAUCGAAUGUAAGAUGGAUUGCAGUACUUCAAAGGUGAAGUAUGUAGGAAACACAUCAGAUCUUUUGUACAGAAGCAAACAGAGGAAACCGAAUUCAACGGGACAGAGGCUAAAAAGAGUCAGCGAAAUCUCAAAACAGAGGAGAAUAUCACGGUUUCACAUUAUGCUGAAUUGCAAACUUAUUGCCUUGCCACCUCUAUAAACACUUACCCAGUGCCGUGUCUAAUGUUAUGGAUUCAGAAUAGGAUUCUAUAGCAGUAAACGAUAUUCCUCUAACCGAUGAGUAAAAUGAUUAUCUAUUGGAGGUUCCAUCCCACCUUAUAAAAAGUUCAAUUUCAU